AUGGAAGGUUCAACAAACGGCCCACAUACGGGCGUGAACACACCGCGGUUAGCAUCCUCCGUUCGGCCUCUCACACUUAAUCACGGAAGUCUUGAACAUACUAUCCUUUUACCUACCAACCUUCAUUACCAUGCAUCUCAAACAAAAGAAAGCUUCCUGGCCACACUUCCACCCCAGACCGAAGAUUUUGCCCAUGACGACGAGCCAUCCUCAGAAGCAGAACUUGUUGCACGAUACAUGGGAUACUUGGCAAGGGAAGUAGAAAAUGGAGAAGAUGAUGCCCAGGGCUCGUCCGCCAAUGUCUUGAAGCUUGUCCUCAACGAAUUCGAGCGCGCAUUCCUCGGCGGAAACGAAGUACACGCCCUUGUAUCACGUUUACCUGGUAUUCAGAAAAAAAAGUUAGAAGUAAUAAGAUGUUUUUUCUCUGCCCGUAAUGCUUCCGGACGUCCAAUUAAAAAUCACCAGUCUGCUCUAUUUCGAGCUGCCACUGAUAAGAAAGUAAAAAUUUACAGUAUUUUUGGCGGACAAGGAAACAUUGAAGAAUACUUCGAAGAGUUAAGAAGUAUCCAUAACACAUAUCCGGACCUAGUAGAAGGUCUAAUUGCAUCUGCUUCCGAUCUACUUCAGGGAUUAUCAAGAGAUCCUCGAUCAGAAAAGUUAUAUUCAAAAGGAUUGGACGUUCUUGGAUGGCUGCAACAUGCAGAGGGAACGCCUGAUUUAGAGUACAUGAUAUCAGCUCCCGUUAGUUUUCCACUCAUCGGCUUAGUACAACUCGCACACUACACAGUUACCUGUAAAGUAUUGGGAAUCACCCCGGGUGAGUUACGGCAAAAAAUUAUCGGAACAACGGGACACUCGCAAGGUAUCGUAUUGGCUGCUACCAUUUCCGCUGCGGAUUCGUGGGAUUCGUUUCAAAAAAGGUCAAUUGAUGCGCUCACCAUCCUCUUCUGGAUCGGAGCCAGGAGUCAACAAAUUUACCCAAGGACGUCUCUAGCACCAUCAAUCUUGCAGGAUUCAAUCAGCCACGGCGAAGGCUCACCAACGCCAAUGUUGAGCAUCCGAGAUCUAUCGAGGGCGCAAGUUCAACAACACGUUGAUGCCACAAAUCAGUACCUUCCAGAAGACAGGCAUAUAUCGAUAUCCUUAAUUAACAGUGCGAACAAUCUUGUUGUCACAGGGCCUCCCAUUUCUCUUUACGGAUUAAAUUUACAACUUCGUAAAGUUAAGGCACCAACUGGUCUCGACCAAACACGUAUCCCGUUCACAGAACGAAAAGUUCGAUUUUCAAACAGAUUUCUUUCUAUCACUUCUCCAUUUCAUAGCAAAUACUUAAUUAAUGCAACAAAAUUGAUUGAUGAGGACUUAAAAAAUGUGAACCUGGAUAGCAAGAAACUUGUUAUACCUGUAUAUGAUACAAACACAGGAAAGGAUAUAAGGUUGUCGACUAGCGGAAACAUUGUACCUACUCUUGUUAGACUAAUCACUCAGGACGAAGUAAACUGGGAAAAAGCCACUGAGUUUCCACAGGCUACCCAUGUCCUUGAUUUUGGACCUGGCGGUGUGUCUGGCCUUGGCGUUUUGACAAGUCGUAAUAAGGAUGGCACUGGCGUUCGUGUCAUUCUCGCAGGUGCAAUAGAUGGUACAGUGUCCGAAGUUGGAUACAAAGAUGAACUCUUCGAUCGUGAUGAGGACAACGCUGUCAAAUUUGCCGUUGACUGGGUAAAGGAACAUGGCCCACGAUUAGUAAAAACAUCCACAGGACGAACAUUUGUCGAUACUAAAAUGAGUCGUAUACUUGGGAUUCCGCCUGUCAUGGUUGCAGGCAUGACGCCUUGCACCGUCAAGUGGGAUUUUGUAGCUGCAACAAUGAACGCAGGAUACCAGAUCGAACUCGCUGGUGGUGGAUACUACAACGCCAAAAAUAUGACUGAAGCCCUGCGGAAAAUCGAAAACUCCAUCCCUGCUGGGCGCGGUAUCUCUGUUAACCUUAUUUACGUUAAUCCUCGAGCUAUGCAGUGGCAAAUUCCCAUGUUGGGCCAGCUUAGGGCGCAGGGUGUGCCCAUUGAGGGUCUAACAAUCGGUGCCGGAGUGCCAUCAAUUGAGAUUGCUCAAGAGUACAUCGAAACACUAGGUCUCAAGCAUAUAUCAUUUAAGCCUGGAUCUGUAGACGCUAUUCAAUCUGUAAUAAAUAUUGCCAAAGCUAACCCAAGUUUCCCGGUUAUGCUACAAUGGACCGGUGGUCGUGGUGGCGGGCACCACUCGUUUGAAGAUUUUCAUCAGCCAAUCCUUCAAAUGUACGGCCGAAUUCGCAGAUGUAAUAAUCUCAUUCUUGUGGCUGGCAGUGGCUUUGGUGGUGCUGAUGAUACUUACCCUUACCUAACUGGUGCAUGGUCGGCCAAAUAUGGGUACCCACCUAUGCCUUUCGAUGGUUGCUUAUUCGGAAGUCGAGUAAUGACAGCUAAAGAGGCACACACUAGCAAGAACGCGAAGAAAGCCAUCACUGAAGCUGAGGGUCUCGACGAUUCGGAAUGGGAAAAAACCUACAAGGGACCAGCCGGAGGAGUUAUCACAGUCAGGUCCGAAAUGGGCGAACCAAUACACAAGCUUGCGACUAGAGGUGUAAAAUUCUGGGCUGAGAUGGACGCAAAAAUUUUCAGCCUUCCAAAAGAAAAGAGAGUCGCGGAACUGAAAAAGAAUCGUGAUUAUAUCAUCAAGAAGUUAAAUGAUGACUUUCAGAAAGUUUGGUUCGGACGAAAUAAAGAGGGCGACGCUGUUGACCUAGAAGAUAUGACCUACAGCGAAGUCGUAUAUCGCAUGGUAGAUCUUAUGUACGUGAAGCAUGAAUCACGGUGGAUCGACAAGUCUUACGAAAAACUGACCGGUGACUUUAUACGACGCGUCGAAGAAAGAUUUACAUUGGAUACAGGAUGCACAUCUUUGCUUCAAAAUUAUGCGGAAUUAGAUAAUCCGUAUCCUACCAUUGAUAACAUUCUUUCUGCCUAUCCGGAGGCUGCAUCUCAACUUAUCAAUGCUCAGGAUGUUCAGCAUUUCCUACUUCUUUGCCAAAGGAGAGGACAAAAGCCAACAACUUUUGUUCCCACACUUGAUGAAAACUUUGAAUUCUUUUUUAAGAAAGAUUCUUUGUGGCAAUCCGAAGAUCUUGAAGCUGUGAUAGACCAAGAUGUUGGACGAACAUGUAUUCUACAGGGACCCACUGCUGUAAAAUAUUCUUCUGUGGUCGACGAGCCUAUCCAAGAAAUCUUAGAUGGGGUCCACAAUGGACACAUCAAGUCCCUCACCCGUGACUUUUACGAUUCAAAGGAAGAUCUAAUACCCGUCGUUGAAUACUUUGGAGGCAAAGCUGAAGGAAGUGAAUCGGAACUUGAUGUCGAAGGUUUGGUUGUUUCUCACAACGCAACGAAGUCAACUUAUCGGCUCUCAAUGUCACCAUCUAUAGCAAUGCCCCCACUUGAAGAAUGGUACUCUUUGCUUGCCGGACCCAAGAAAUCAUGGAGAUACGCACUUUUUUCCUCAGAAGUUUUCGUACAGGGCAAAAAGUUCCAGACAAAUCCAAUGAAGCGAAUAUUUACUCCAGCCCGUGGAUUACUUGUUGAAAUAUGUUAUCCAAAUGAUCCGUCGAAGACGGUCAUAACUGUGUUUGAGCAACCCAGACCCAACAAGCAUAUCAAGGUCAUUGAAAUCAACCUCUCUGGAAGAAAUGAAAUUUGUGUCGACAUGAUAAAAGAUACCACUGCCAUUGGUGCUUCAAUAUCUCUCCCAUUAAAAUUCACAUAUCAUCCAGAAGCCGGCUAUGCACCUAUCCGUGAAGUCAUGGCUGAUAGGAACGACCGAAUUAAAGAAUUUUACUGGAAAGCUUGGUUCGGAAAAGAAUCCAUAGAUCUUGAUGCACCCGUGACAGGUAAAUUCAACGGUGGAAAGUCAAUUAUCACAUCAGAAGCAAUCAAUGAUUUUGUACAUGCUGUUGGAAACACUGGAGAAGCAUUCGUUGAUAGACCAGGUAAGGAAGUAUUCGCGCCGAUGGAUUUUGCAAUUGUCGUUGGAUGGAAAGCCAUCACGAAACCAAUUUUUCCCCGAGCAAUUGACGGAGAUCUCCUGAAACUGGUACAUUUAUCAAAUGGGUUUCGAAUGUUACCUGGAGCUGAGCCAUUGAAGAAAGGAGACGAAGUCGAGACAUCUGCUCAGAUAAACGCAGUCGUCAUUCAAGAUUCUGGGAAAAUGGUUGAGGUUUGCGGUACAAUAUCUCGCGAAGGAAAACCUGUAAUGGAAGUAACAUCUCAAUUUCUGUACCGUGGGACCUACACUGACUUCAGCAAUACCUUUCAACGAAAGAUUGAAACUCCCAUGCAAAUCCAUCUAGCAACUUCCCGCGAUGUAGCUGUGCUACGAUCAAAAGAGUGGUUUUGCCUCGAUGAGCCUGACCAUGAGCUUCUCGGCCAGAUAUUAACCUUUCGCCUACAGAGUUUUGUCAGAUUCAAGAACAAAACAAUGUUCAGUAGCGUGGAGACAACAGGUCAAGUUCUCUUGGAGCUCCCAACAAAGGAGAUCAUACAAGUUGCCUCUGUAGAAUAUGAGGCCAGCGCCUCUUAUGGUAAUCCCGUUGUUGAUUACUUACAAAGGCACGGCUCUUCUAUUGAACAACCAGUCAACUUCGAGAACGCGAUUCCUUUAAGCGGAAAGACCCCCCUAAAAAUUAGAGCUCCUGCAUCGAACGAGACAUAUGCCCGUGUCUCUGGCGAUUAUAACCCUAUCCAUGUCUCCCGCGUCUUUUCUAGCUAUGCCGGUCUACCUGGAACCAUCACCCAUGGAAUGUACUCAAGUGCAGCAGUCAGAAGCCUCGUUGAAACAUGGGCUGCUGAAAACCACAUAGGUCGUGUCAGAAGCUUUCAUGCAUCGCUUACAGGCAUGGUACUUCCAAAUGAUGAGAUCGACGUCAAUCUUCAACAUGUCGGUAUGGUUGCAGGGAGGAAGAUAAUAAAAGUUGAGGCAAGCAACAAAGAGACAGAAGAAAAGGUGUUAAUAGGAGAGGCUGAGGUCGAGCAACCUGUAUCAGCAUAUGUUUUUACAGGACAGGGCUCCCAAGAGCAAGGUAUGGGAAUGGAACUUUAUGCAAGCAGUGCUGUCGCGAAGGAAGUAUGGGAUAGGGCUGACAAGCAUUUCAUGGAUAACUAUGGCUUUGCAAUUACUAAUAUUGUCCGAAAUAACCCCAAAGAACUUACUAUUCAUUUUGGUGGUCCUCGUGGUAAGGCUAUUCGUCAGAACUACAUGUCAAUGACUUUUGAGACCGUUGGUGCCGAUGGCUCUACCAAGUCAGAAAAAAUAUUCAAGGACAUCAAUGAAAAUACUACUUCAUAUACUUACAUGUCACCCACUGGCCUUCUCUCUGCGACCCAGUUCACUCAACCCGCGCUGACUUUGAUGGAAAAAGCUAGUUUUGAGGAUAUGCGCUCCAAGGGCCUAGUUCAGCGUGAUAGCAGCUUUGCGGGUCACUCACUCGGAGAGUACUCAGCGCUAGCAGCACUGGCCGAUGUCAUGCCAAUUGAAAGUUUAGUUUCUGUUGUAUUUUACAGAGGUCUUACGAUGCAGGUUGCUGUCGAGCGGGAUGAAUCUGGCCGCUCGAAUUAUUCAAUGUGUGCUGUUAACCCCUCGAGAAUCUCAAAGACUUUUAACGAGCAAGCCCUCCAGUAUGUUGUCGAGAAUAUUGCAGAGGAAACCGGCUGGCUUCUUGAGAUUGUCAACUACAACAUUGCUAACAUGCAGUACGUCUGUGCCGGAGAUCUUCGUGCUCUGGAUACUUUAACCAGUGUAACGAAUUAUUUGAAAGCACAAAAAAUUGAUAUUCAACAACUUAUGCAAACUCUCUCGAUUGAAGACGUAAAGGCUCACUUGGUGGAGAUAAUCAGCGAGUGUGCUAGUCAAACGAAAUCCAAGCCCGCUCCAGUGGAGCUAGAGCGAGGCUUUGCGACGAUACCCCUCAAAGGUAUCGAUGUCCCAUUUCACUCGACAUUCUUACGAUCUGGCGUGAAACCAUUCCGAUCGUUUCUUCUCAAGAAAAUUAACAAAACUACUAUUGAUCCCAGUAAACUGAUUGGCAAAUACAUUCCGAACGUCACUGCAAGGCCCUUCGAAUUAUCCAAAGAGUACUUUGAGGAUGUCUAUCGUCUUACAAAUAGCCCAAAGAUAGGUGCGAUAUUGGCAAACUGGGAGAAGUAUGAAGAUGGAACUCCCACGUUGACAGGACCCCAUGGAGUUGGUGUUAACGGUAGUCAUUAA